AUGCUAUCCAGAUUCUCUCCCUUCGUGAACGCGAAGCUCGUGACGAGCAAAGCGUCUGUGUAUGCCUCCGCCUCCGGUUCAUACUUGCGUAGUUAUCCAGGCACCCUUUUCCUCUGCCUUGCCUGGUUCGUUUACACAGCCUUCAUGCUGUUUCUCCUCGACAAUAUCUCGCAGAUGAAAUCCAAUGACAAGCUCAUCUUCGGCUGGCGGAAGGAGACCUGUGCCGAACACCUGACCACCUGGUUCUUCCAAGCCCAUACACAAAUCACCGGCGCGCACCUCGCACGUCUCGCGAUAUCUGCGCUACAGAACCCGUCAACUGCUCCGCGCACUUGGACCGAAUUGUUCUGGCUGGCAGACCGCGGUUGGCAGGGCCCGAUGGGUAUGGGUGAUGCAUACUUCACCAUGAUAAGGCGUCGUAUACGCCCCUCCGCAACCUUCAUCCUCUUCAGCCUAGCAUGCGGCCUCUCUCUGAGCACUCCAAGCGUUAUCACACGCGCAUGGCCGCAGGGAAAUAUCGAUACCCUCGUCAACAAGACCGUCAUCGUGGAAGCGAUCUCUCCGCAUAAUAUAAAUAACCUCGGGGCGUUGGAACAAAUAGCGACGGGUGAAGCCUCCUGGACAUCAGGUUUCUCGAUCUUCGACGUCUACAACACCAGUAUUUUCAUGGCUGAAGAUAGAUCUUCGGGUUCGGUUGACCGUACCCUAGGGAACGUGUUCCUCGGGACCGACACCUAUGGUAUGGAGAUACCGACCAUACCAGGUAUAUGGUUUGACGGUCGAUGCGAGCCCGUGACGAACGCAAUCCCACCCUUUCCUGCCAUAUACAGCCACACGAUCGCCUUGGAACAGUGGUGCUUUGCUCUUGGAAUGCGCGGGUUUCAGAAGCCAGCUCAGCUGUCACCGCCAUCCGGACUGCCAGCGAACAUCGUCGUAGAAAUUGACUGGUGUUCCGACUGGUACGCUGACUGGGAAACCAACUCAGGGUGGAUCAAUCAAAACGUUGCGCAAGCCAACGUCGUAGCUCAUGUGAUGAGUUACGACAAGAAUGGCGGCACCGACUCGUCUGGGUACAUCAACUGUACCGGCUCUAUCGCCACAGGCACGGCUGCUCUUCACGGUGAACGACAGACCUAUUCACAAUUCCGACCACAUCCCUAUUUCGACAUCAAUAUGGAGCAUGACGAAAUCCCAUGGCAUCCGCUCGUCGCUGCCUUCGCCUCCAUCACCCAGUACUUCGGUGGCAGUGAAACGGACUAUGAACGCUAUGACUCCAUUUUGAGGAUGCUUGGUUAUCAAGCUCAAGUGACACAGGAUGAUGCUACGGGCACCAAUAGUCAACAGUACCAACAAGUCAACGUUUCAACUCUGGCUGACCAGAUGUGGGUUGGCGCAACGCAUAUGACUGCAGCCCUGGCCACACUCUCUCGUGACCACGUUAGUGUCGGAGCUAUCCAACACAUAUCAGUCUCGGGAAGACGUAGGAACCCCGUUUUCAUCUACCUCGCCAUCGGGAUGAUCGGCAGCUGGAUGCUCAUCCUCAUCUUCUGCACCAUACGCAUGCACAGGCCGACGUUCAGUGGCAGUCUGAACGCAUACUCCGCUGCGCGACUCCUUGCUGAAUGGCCAGAGCUGGUAGACGAACACUCCUGCGGAAGUCUCAGCGAUAACGUCAAUCUGCGAGCCGCGUUCGGGCGCGUUGAGGAUACUUUGCCGUACGAGGAGGUGGGGCAUGUCGGAGUUACGCAUACCAUUGGCGAGGAAAUGCACAGGCUUGACCGAAAGCGGGCUUAUCGAUAA